AUGGAAUGGAGUAUGGCGCUGCCCAGUUCUUCGGUGUCAUCUUCUAGCAAGCAUGGAGACCGUUUCAUUCCCUCCAGAGCCGGAUCCAGGUGGAACCUUCACUUCCAUAAACCAAAUGAAACUGAGAAAUCACCCAAGCCGAAACGCAAGAUGAGAGGUGGCAAAGUCAGCCCCGUCUAUUCUGCCUUACUGAAGAAUGAGCUGCUAGAAGCUGGGAUUGAGAAUGUCUGGGAUCCCAAGUCGGGGGGCCGAAGGCUGCAGCCUUGGACAUCGCGCAGAAAGAACCUCUUCACAUACACUCAAGUCACUAAGCGGUGGAGACCUGAUGUCAUCAAUGAAGUCUGUCCUUAUGUCUUAUCUCCCAUCAGCGACAAAAGCCAGACAUUGCUAGCAUCUCAACAGAAAUUGGCCAGAAAGAUCCCCCGAAGCCCUUUCAAAAUCCUUGAGGCCCCUGAACUCCAGAAUGACUUCUACUUGAAUCUACUGGAUUGGUCUUCCUCAAACGUCAUUGCCGUGGGCCUGGGCACUCGUACUUACCUGUGGAAUGCUUCUACGUGCCAGGUGACCAAGCUGUGUGACUUAUCUGUGGAAGGAGAUUCUGUGACCUCCGUGGCCUGGUCUGAACAGAGGAACUUGCUAGCAAUUGGCACAGAUAAAGGCUCUGUGCAGAUCUGGGAUGUAGCUGUCAAGAAGAUACUGUGCAUAGUGGAGGGACAUUCUUCUAGAGUCGGUGUGCUUGCCUGGAAUGCAGAUCAGAUUUCCUCUGGGAGCCGGGACACGAUGAUCCUCCAGAGAGACAUCCGGGCAUUGCCCCUGCAAUCUGAGCGGUGGCUUCAGUGUCACAGGCAGGAGGUGUGUGGUUUAAAGUGGUCCAUAGAUAAUGAGCUCCUGGCCUCAGGUGGAAAUGAUAAUACGGUUCUGGUCUGGAACCUCCAUAGUUUAAGGCCUGUCCAUAGAUAUACCAAACAUGUGGCUGCUGUGAAAGCUCUUGCGUGGUCUCCCCACCAGCAUGGCCUCUUAGCAUCAGGUGGGGGGACAGCAGACCGCUAUAUCCGUUUCUGGAAUACGCUGACUGGGCAGCCCCUACACCGCAUCGAUACCGGUGCCCAAGUUUGCAACCUGGCCUGGUCCAGAUAUGACAACGAGCUGGUCAGCACCCAUGGAUAUGCCGAAAACCAGAUUGCCAUGUGGAAAUACCCCUCCCUGGCACAAGUAGUCAAACUCACUGGCCAUACCUACCGAGUGUUGUAUCUGGCUGUGUCUCCCGAUGGAAGAGCCAUAGUGACGGGGGCUGGAGAUGAGACCCUGAGAUUCUGGAAUGUUUUUCAAAAAGCCCGUUCAGAAAAAGAACCUGCAUCAGCCCUCAGCCUCUUCACUAAAAUCCGCUAA